AGGGCCCAAACUUACCAGGGGCUCAUAUGAAAUUGCAGAAAACUAUGGAACAAAGGGCAUGGAUGCGUUUGUCGAGGAAGCGCUUGUAGCGGGUAUAUGUGUGGCAUCGAGGCAGAAAGCGAAACAGAGCGACAGUAAUAAUCAGAAAAUCUUUAUCGAUAUGGUGCAGAGGUUUUUAGAGAAGAAUACCACACGGAUUGUGGUGUGCUUCUGCCAGUCAAGCAUAGUGAGGGGACUGUUAAGAGCCAUUGGUCAGCUCGGCUAUGAAAAUAAAUUUUUAAUCAUUGGAAGUGAUGGGUGGGCGGAUAAAGUGAAUGUAGUGGAAGGCCUGCAGAAAGAAGCCAACGGCAGCUUCACAAUCAAACCUAAGACGAGUAGAAUCGAGGAUUUUGAUGAGUAUUACAUGUCUCUGAACCCGUACACUUACACCCGUAACCCAUGGUUCUGUGAAUUCUGGGAGGAGAAAUUUAACUGCAGCUUAGGUAGAUGCCAGAACGACACAAGACGUCCAAACUGCACUGGCGAAGAGAUGAAAAAACGUGAUGAUUAUCAACAGGACACUAAAAUGGGUUACGUAAUCGAUGCAAUCUAUACUCUUGCACACGGUCUGCAUAAUCUUCAGACGCAGUUAUGUAACGGAAAACCGGGAACAUGCGACGAAUUCAAGAAAAUCAAUGGAAGUCAACUGAAGGAGGCGCUCUUUAACGUGUCGUUUCGCAGUGAGCUGGGACCUAUGAUAUCGUUUGAUGCUAGCGGUGAUCCAAAAGACGCAAGAUAUACGAUUUAUAAUUACCGGAACGAGAGUGGCCAGUAUGCGUACGUAAAGGCCGGUGAGUGGCUGAAUAAUAGUCUCCGACUUGGACCGACAUACAUUGACCCUAGCUUUACAGGUUACUGCAGCGAGCCUUGCAAACGUGACGAAAUCAAACAAAAAAACGAACUUGCAGAAUUAGCGCCAUGUUGUUGGACGUGCAAACCGUGUGAUGACGAUUCGAUUGUGGUAGACGGCAGUUGCAAAGCAUGUGAGGAAGGCACUUGGCCAAACGAGGACAGAAAAUAUUGCUUGGAAAUUGAGGAAGAAUACACUAAAUGGGGAGAUAUAGUAUCAAUUGUUGCCAUUACAUUUUCAUCAAUAGGCAUCCUGUUAACGCUUUUCAUUACCUCAACAUUUAUUCGAUUUCACAACACUGCGAUCGUUAAAUCAUCAAGCAGGGAAAACAGCUACAUAAUUUUAUCCGGCAUUUUCAUGUGUUACAGUACCACGUUUGUACUAGUUUCCAAACCGUCUACACUAGUCUGUUACUUGCAAAGGGGAAUUAUUGGUUUCAGUUUUUCUGUCAUCUACUCCGCGUUAUUGAUUCGAACUAAUAGAAUGGCUCGUAUUUUAGCUGGGAGUAAAAAAAGAAUUAUGACUCGCCGACCGAGGUUUUUGAGUGCGACUGCGCAGAUUGUGAUGACGUCAAUGUUAGUGAUCAUACAAGUUGGAAUUACAGUAACUUUUAUGAUUCUUGAGCCCCCGGAGGGUGUCCACCUGUACCCCACAAGACAUAGAGUGCUCCUCGUCUGUGAAUUGGACACAAUGGGCAUGCUUAUGCCACUGGCUUUUGAUUUUUUUCUGGUGGCUAUGUGUACACUAUAUGCAUUCAAGACGAGAAAUUUACCACAAAACUUUAACGAAGCAAAAUUCAUAGCGUUCACAAUGUAUACGACAUGUAUUAUUUGGUUGGCAUUUGUCCCUCUUUAUUUUGGCGGGCCGGAUAUACGCCCGAUUGUACUUUGCCUCACAAUAAGUUUAAGCGCCUCGGUCGCUUUAGGCUGUCUCUUUUUUCCAAAAACUUAUAUUAUUUUGUGUAAACCAGAAAGAAACUGUCGUGGAAAUAUGACUACAUCUACUCUAGUCCGCAUGCACGUUGGAAGUAUAUUUGACGCAUCGCUGCAGAGUGGAAAUUCAAGGAAGGACAGUUUUAAAUCUACCGGGGACGCUCAAAAUGGGAACGUUCGCAAGUCUAUUCGAAGAGAAUCUCUUCCAAUACUUCACCAAAAAUCAACCAGUCAUAGAGCAAGAUUUUUAAGCUUCCGGCGACGUAGCUGUUCUGAAAAGCGGCUAAAAGCAGUCGAUCGCGACAUGGCUCUUAGAAGGCGCACCCCACCUAUCUAUAGAUACGCAUCUUUACCAGACGAUAUCGUCACGGCAACGACGAGCCAGCCUUGUAAUGGGGACUCCUCAAAUAAACAAAUACUUAAAUCGAAGUAUAAAAAGACACGUAGUAGUAACUCAUUAGGUGUAGAUAAAAUUAUGGAACCCCUCCAAGAAGCGGAAUCAGAGAGGUUGAUUCCGAAUGAGGAACCAAAUAAUGACUGUGUGAAAAGCGAAACACCACAGCACCAAUGCAUAUCACCAUCAAGCAAUUCAGACUUGCCAGAUGAAUCUCAGAAAACUUUAGAUUCUUAUAAGUUAAUUGACGAGGAUAUUAAAAAUCACAAUUCUGCUGUGUAUUGUAAAAGUAACAAAAUUUCGCCUAUGAUAACAAACAGUCGAGGUGAAAUUAGGCCUAAAAGUGUCAGCGAUCGAAAUGAACCAAAGGGGCGACCUCGCCGAAUGGGCAAAGACGUACCGAGAUCUUUUAGCGAAGAGUACAAUACAAACUUUUCAUGUGAUUCCAACAGACAAGAGGACAUCUCAAUAUCUAUGCCGAAUGUCACAGGAUUAAUUCAUUCAAACGACGUAGGCCUGGAGAACAUUGAGAGUAACGUAGAGUUACAUGACCUGAACAUUACGGAACACAAUGAACAUCAAACGAACAUUGAAUCUGAACUGGAACCAUUAACGACCGAUGAUAUUACCUCAUUAAUCAGCGCCGAUAACACAUAUAACUGGAACAAUAAUACGCCUCCUAAUCUAGAACUAUUACUUGAUUUAGAUUCUUCAAAUGUAUAGCACCAAGUACACGUUUAAAUGUUGUAAUGUCGUCACACAACACCGAUAUUGUUAAUCCCGUAUUUAACGAUUAUGGCGGUUGCUUUGUUUCCUAUUCCCGCCUGCUAAUUACGUGUUCGUGUACAUAAUUCAUAAUUGUAAAUAUUUAUAAUGUCACCGUGGUUUUCAUAUUCCAUGUAAAUAAUAAUAACGCCGUUAAUGUGUUGUGUUUUCAAGUGUAACUCAGUAAGCCUAGAUUAGGCCUAUUCCAAUAUGUGGUUUGUGUUAACUGUGCAGUGUCUGAUGUCCGAUUUGGAAGUUAAAUGCUGUUCUGUAGACAAAUAUAGACAAAUAAAGCUGAAUAUUUUUUCUUUCUUCCACAAAAUUUGACAAAGUUUGUCUCCAUACGUGCUCAGAUACACACACUCUCUACCAUUAAUCUUUUUCCCCCUUUUUUUUUCAAUAGCAAAGUGUUAGUUAAGCCAAGCAACAAUUCAAAUAAACUGACGUAGCCCAGUAGCUGUAUUCAAUAUUUUGCAAAAAGCGACAUUGCAACUGAGAAUUAAAAAAGGCCUAGAGGCAAAUGAAGAAUAGGCUAUGUAACUGUUUUUUCUUUUGUCAACAUACUAUAUUUUGCAUAAAUCGCGUGUUAAUGAGUUUGUAUAUUAAAUCGUUGCAUUGUUUUGUAUUAUUGAACUUUCGUUAUAUGUGACAUCAAAACACAAAACAAUGGGUGUCAAGAGAAAAAAAUAAAGAAAAAAGAAAUUAACAA